GCCAGGGCUCUGCUAGGCUGGGUACUCCACUGCCGGCAGCAGCGAGAAGGCUGGGAAGAAACCCUCUAACCCCAGCUCCCAGGGUAGCACAAGGCCAUUUUGACUAGCCCUGCCUGUGGGUCCCAGGGAACCGUGCCUACCAGGAUGCGCUGGGCACUGCCCGUGAAUGACCUGGAGGCCUGAACGCUCUGGUAGGGGAACCUUCCAGUCCUACAAGCCAAAAGCCCCUGCAGCCGAGAUGGGCUCAGCUCUUGGACUUGCCCCAGACAGAAAGCAUAACACACAGUCACCAGGGAGAGUCACUGCCUGAUUCAGGGUCACUCGGAGCAUAGGCAACCCUGUCCUCUCUGGAAUAGCACUGACCUGGCUGUCUGGUGGAAGGUGGCCAGCAAGCCUGAGGCAGGAGAUGCAGAGCACAGCUAAUUACUUGUGGCACACAGAUGAUCUGCUGGGGCAGGGGGCCACUGCCAGUGUGUACAAAGCCCGCAACAAGAAAUCUGGGGAGCUGGUUGCUGUGAAAGUCUUCAACACGGCCAGCUACCUGCGGCCCCUCGAGGUGCAGGAGAGGGAGUUUGAGGUCCUGAGGAAGCUGAACCACCAGAACAUCGUCAAGCUCUUUGCGGUGGAGGAGACGGGGGGCCGGCAGAAGGUGCUGGUGAUGGAGUACUGCUCCAGCGGGAGCCUGCUCAGCGUGCUGGAGAGCCCCGAGAAUGCCUUCGGGCUGCCUGAGGACGAGUUCCUGGUGGUGCUGCGCUGUGUGGUGGCUGGCAUGAACCACCUGCGGGAGAAUGGCAUCGUCCACCGUGACAUCAAGCCAGGGAAUAUCAUGCGUCUUGUGGGGGAGGAAGGACAGAGCAUCUACAAGCUGACAGACUUCGGGGCUGCCCGGGAACUGGAUGACGACGAGAAGUUCAUCUCUGUGUACGGGACAGAGGAGUACCUGCACCCUGACAUGUAUGAGCGGGCGGUUCUUCGUAAGCCCCAGCAAAAGGCAUUCGGGGUGGCUGUGGAUCUCUGGAGCAUUGGAGUGACCCUGUACCAUGCAGCCACCGGAAGUCUGCCCUUUGUCCCCUUUGGUGGGCCACGACGCAACAAGGGGAUCAUGUACCGGAUCACCACAGAGAAGCCAGCUGGGGCCAUUGCAGGGGCUCAGAGGCGGGAAAACGGGCCUCUGGAGUGGAGCUACAGCCUCCCCAUCACCUGCCCGCUGUCCACGGGGCUGCAGAGCCAGCUGGUGCCCAUCUUGGCCAACAUCCUGGAGGUAGAGCAGGCCAAAUGCUGGGGCUUCGACCAGUUCUUCGCCGAGACCAGUGACAUCCUGCAGCGCGUCGUCGUCCAUGUCUUCUCCUUGUCCCAGGCAGUCCUGCACCAUGUCUACAUCCACGCCCACAACACGAUAGCCAUCUUUCUGGAGGCCGUGUAUGAACAGACCAAGGUGGCCCCCCAGCACCAGGAAUACCUCUUUGAGGGUCACCUCUGUGUCCUUGAACCCAACCUCUCAGCACAGCACAUCGCCCACACGACUGCCAGCAGCCCUCUGACCCUUUUCAGCAUGGCCAAUGAGACCCCCAAAGGCCUAGCCUUCAAGGACCCUGCUCUGGACAUCCCCAAGUUCGUCCCCAAAGUGGACCUCCAGGCCGAUUACAACACAGCUAAGGGAGUGCUGGGUGCUGGUUACCAGGCCCUGAGACUGGCACGGGCCCUGCUGGACGGGCAAGAGAUGAUGCUUCGGGGGCUGCACUGGGUUGUAGAAGUACUCCAGACCUUGUGCCGGCGGACGCUGGAGGUGACAAGGACAGCCCUCCUCUUCCUCAGCAGCAGCCUGGGCACUGAGAGGUUCAGCCCCACAGCUGGGACAUCUGAGAUCCAGGAACUGAAGGGAGCUGCAGAGCUAAGGUCCAGGCUGCGGACUUUGGCUGAGGUCCUCUCCAGAUGUUCCCAAAAUAUCACAGACACCCAGAUGAGCCUGAGCAACCUGAGCUCGGAGCUGAUGAAGAACCGGGAUCAGGUACAUGAAGACAGAAGCAUCAAGCAGAUUCAGUGUUGUUUGGACAAGAUGUACCUCAUCUACAAACAAUUCAAGAAAUCUAGGAUGAAGCCAGGACUUGGCUACAAUCAAGAGCAAAUUCACAAGCUGGAUAAGGUGAAUUUCAGUCAUUUAGCCAAGAGGCUCCUGCAGGUGUUCCAAGAGGAGUGUGUGCAGAAGUACCAGGCAUCCUUGGUCACACACGGCAAGCGGAUGAGGGAGGUGCAUAAGACCAGGAACCACCUGCGCCUAGUUGGCUGCUCUGUGGCUGCUUGUAACACGGAAGCCCAGGGAGCCCAGGAGAGCCUGAGCAAGAUCCUUGACCAACUAUCUUACCAGCUCCUUCAGGACAGAACAAAGGCGGCUCAGGCCUCCCCGACCUUGAUGGAUCCUCAUCCCAGCCCUGCUCCAAAGGACCUGGCUCUCCACAUGCAGGAGCUCUGCGAGGAGAUGAAGCUGCUGGCAUUUGACCUCCAGGACAACAACCGUAUCAUCGAACGGUUAAGUAGAGAUUCAUCAUCCCCUGAUGUCUGAGCUUCGUGUGGUGCACAAGGCAUCUGGAAGCAUGAGAAUCAUUCACGCUGUUCUGCACUGUGGGACCCAACCCAGGGUGAGAUCUGGUCCCAUCUCAUCAGCCUACCUCCCUCCUGGCCACCAACUGGGAGAUGUCAACAGCAUUACCUGCCUCUGCUUGUCUCCUGGGGAAGCAGCACACCAGGACUGGGACACUGGCCAUCUCCAUCAGGACCCUAGGAGAGAGCACAGCAGCUGCUGCCUAGGUUGGCCUUAGUGUCUUAUCCAGGCUCUGGGACUUUUCUUUGUUGCCCAGGUCAGAAGGGCUGAACCUGGCUGGGCUAUAGGGAGAAGAGGCUCUGAAAGCCCCCACCCUCCUGCACUUUCCAGGGAAGAGCAGAGGCCUCCUGGGACUUCCCUGGGGUGUUGGGUCAAAUGAACUAAUCUGUCUUCCUUCCUCUUAAAGAUUUCAUAUUGAACACAGCCCUCUCCCCUCUCCUGUGUUUCCUGAGGGUCACCACACUCAACCUCAGGCAACACAGAGCCUUGUCCUUCUGCUCUUGGUCUAGAAGUGCCCAAGGUUGAGAAAAUGGGUGGUUGAAGCUAGGUCCUAGUGCGUUGGGGAUCCUUCCUUGUGCUCUCUCCCUGAGAUACCACCUGCUCCUCUGAUGCAGCUGGCCAGCAUCAAUGGGUAACUAUGCCAACUGGCCCAGGCCUGUAAGCCCAGAUCCCUGAGGAGAAAACAGCUUGCACCUUCAAGAAAUGGAAUAAA